AUGAAGAUGCUGAGGUGGAUGUGCGGAGUCACUAGGCUCGAUAAAAUCCGCAACGAGUACGUGCGUGGACGUCUAGGAGUACGGGACAUCGCCGACAAGAUGCAGGAGAGUAGGCUGAGAUGGUAUGGUCACGUGAAAAGGAAGCCGCCUGACUACGUCGGAAAUUUGGCGCUACUGCUCGACCUCCCCGGUCGGAGACCUUCUGAGCCCCUCAUCGACGCCACCGCUGACUACAGCCAGACCUGGCUCAGACAACAGCCAACAGCCUGA